UGACCGGGACGGGGGCGGGCUCUCUGGGCCUCCAUUGGCUACGGCCCCCCCCGCACCAGGGCUCCCACCAUCUACCCCCCACAUCAGUCUGUCCCGCUUCCAGCUGCUGCAGCCGCGCCUUCACUGCCUCGGCAUCCAACUGCCCCCUGCUCCAGCCCGGCAUGGCGACCCCGACUGAGGUCCCUACAAAGGUUCCUCAGGAACCUGACCCAUUUUACUAUGACUAUGACACGGUGCAGACUGUGGGCAUGACGCUGGCUACCAUAUUGUUCCUGCUGGGCAUCCUCAUCAUCGUCAGCAAGAAGGUGAAGUGUAGGAAGGCGGACUCCAGGUCUGAGAGCCCAACAUGCAAAUCCUGUAAGUCGGAGCUUCCCUCCUCAGCCCCUGGAGGUGGCGGCGUGUAAAACCAGUCCUGGGCACCUCCACUGCUGUCCCUGCCUGAGUGCAGGAGCCUGAGAACCAGGUGGAGGCGGUGGGGACCCUAGCCUUGCCCCAGGAGCGCUCCCCUGAAUGAGCCGCCCCACCCACUCCAAGGCUGGAACCGCUGCACCUCCCCAGGCCUUGGCAAUGACCCCCACAAAGAGCCCGUCUGCAUCCCAGAUCCAGGGACUCAGGCCUCCAGCCGGGGUCCGGGAGUCCAGCCCCCCAGAAUUCCGGUGUACUGCUCCCGGCCACCUCCCUGUCUCCUCUCAGAAGAUCCGUUCUCUUGCACCCUUGGUGUCUCUGUCUUGAGCUUAAUAAAUGUGCAUUUGAUUUUUCCCCCUG